ACUGACCAUCUCGAGCGGCCGCCGACUGGCAAUUGUUGACACACCACAACAAACGCCCUCCUGCUUAUGUUGACAUCUGCCUAAUAUAAAAAUCUAGUUAAUUAUCAUCCAAAGCAGAAGUAACGAGUUAAAAUAUAAUAAUACAAUAUUAUAAUUUCGUGUUAGAGUCGUGUAGUUGGGAGAUUUAGCAGGAGUUGAGGGAGAUUAGGGAGAUGGGAGCGGAGAGGAGACGUGGCACCAGCGCGGACCAACGGGACCAAGCCCGCCAGCCUCUCCGCCAUAUUACCGCCGGGACCACCCGACCUCUCCUGUAUAUAUGUCAACUUGUGACGAAGCCAUCGCUAACCUGAGAAUAUGGAAGGGUUAUCCCUAGAUGUGUCAUCACUGGGUGAAGGGGCCCAGAUGAUUACCCUGGUGGAGACUACAUCUCUUGAUGACGAUUGUACCCAACCUAAUGUCCAUAUCCUCACUGCCCACCAGUUGGAAAAGAGUGAAUCUGAACAGCAACAAGAAGAGAGACAGCAACAUACUCAUCUGCACCAUCACCACCACCAUCACCACCACCACCACCAUCUACAAACAGCAGAUCCCAACCAGGGAUUCCAGAAAUUGCAGCAAAAUGGAUUGCAGAGCAGUCCACACUGCAUGGUCUGUAAUGCCAAGUUGGGAGUGUCUGCUAGAGGUGCUAUGGAGGUCCUCUCUGAUAAAGCGAAGACUUCACACCGGCAGCUGCUGGUUCAUGCUGUGCUGAGUGCCAUUGUCAACCAGGACCUCUGUGAUAUGGUUGCUCACUCAAGCAUCUUGUGUAAAAAGUGCUUCAAGCUUAUCGAUGACAUUGAUUCCCUUGAGGGUCAGCUAAUGAACUUGAAACAGGUGGUGACUAAUAAGUACAUGAGAACCCUGGCCUUGGUGAAGCAGAACUGUCUUGAGGGGAAUGUGGAAUGUGUACUGGAGGAGGACUCUCUCAACCUGGAAGCCUCUACUCUUACUAAAGAUGAUAAAGAUUUUAAAGUGUACAUGGGAUCAGCUUCUUUACUGGCAGGCAGUGGAGGACGUACUCGUCGAGGUCGUCGAGGCAGAGGACGAGGUCGACCACCAAAUGUAAAAUUUGAAGUAAAGCAGGAGGAAUCAGUUGAAGUCAUUACUGGUCUAGCAGCCUGUGAACCUGUUGAGUCAUUGAAACACCAGGUCCAUGAACAUUGCAUACAGGGCCUUCUCGGCUCAUCAGACAGUAAUGACGACCUUGAAGGGAGGCUGGAUGAAGCCCUGGAGGAUGAUGGAGGGACAGAUAUGCUUAUGGUUGAAGAAGAAAUACUAGAAGCUUCUGCUGUUGCUGAGGCAGUGGAAAAUGUUAUGGAGGUGGAUGGACUGGACUUGGAUGAAAAUGAAACAUGUGUUCAAAUUGGUGGGCUAACUUUACCUACUUUAAGCAAUCAUGAAUUAGACGAUGAGCAUGAUUCACAAGAUUUAAAUUCAGACACUCACCUACUGGAAGAUGGAACCGAGAAGUACAAAUGUCGGUUCUGUUCCCUCAAACUGAGUGUGCUAGCUGACAUUCAGACUCACAUGAGAGAGUCUCAUCCUGAGCGCCUGUAUGAAUGUGAAGUUUGUCAAGAGAGGCUUACAACCAAAGCUGAGCUGCUGUGCCACUUGGAAGAGCACAUUGCCUCAGGAGAGAAACAUUAUGCUUGUACAAUGUGUCCACGAAAAUAUGCUCUUCCUCGGCAGUUAAAAGAACACAUCAGACAUCACAUGAACAAAACCUUUGCGUGUUCUCAGUGCCCAAAGAAAUUCCGGUCAGAAGCAGCUCUUCAAGAACACUUUAAUGUUCACACUGGAAAUCGUCCGUAUGGUUGUGACCAGUGUUUCAAAAAGUUUACAUCUAAGCACAUCCUUAAGACCCACAUGAAAACACAUGGUGUACGCCAUAGACCACACCAGUGCAGAACGUGUGGCAAAACCUUUCUUACAUCACAUCACUUGGCUGAUCACCUAAAUGUGCAUGAAGGAAAGAAAAAUUUUAUAUGUGAAUCAUGUGGAAAAGCCUUUGCAACUCAAAGAAGCCUAGAUUUGCAUGCCAUUAUCCAUUCAGGAGUGAAAAAUUUUCCUUGUACAAUUUGUAAUAAACUCUUUGCAAGAAAAGGUGAAGUUGAGGAUCAUGAGAGAACACAUACUGGUGAAAAACCUUUCCAGUGUGAAAUAUGUGGUUCUACUUUCAGCCAGAGGAGCAACUUACAGUCUCACAAGAGGGUCACACACUUCCAAGAAAAGAGAUAUCAUUGUAAUCAAUGCAGCAAAGCAUUCAAGAGGAAGAGGCUUUUGGUUUAUCAUGUUAUGAGUGUACACACAGGUGAGCGUCCAUAUAAAUGUGAACAGUGUGAAGCAGGCUUUGUGUAUCCUGAACAUUAUAAAAAACAUUUAAGAAUCCAUACUGGUGAAAAGCCAUUUCCAUGUGAUAUAUGUGGUAAGAUGUUCAAUUCCAGGGACAAUCGAAAUGCUCACAAAUUUAUUCACUCAGAUAAAAAGCCAUAUGAAUGUAUGUUGUGCGGUGCUGGAUUUAUGCGCAAACCUAUGUUAGCCUCUCAUCUUCAGCAACAUGGUCAUACAGAAAACCUCGAGACUUAUAUUAAAGUAAAUCCUCCAACUAUUGUGGCUUCUGAUAUGACAGGGGAAAGUGUACCGAGUCCAACUGAAACUAUUCAAAGCAUAAAGCUGGAUGAAGAGAGCUUGGAGCCAAGUUUAGAUGGACCUGUGCAGUUGGUGCGUAGUAGUGUGCGUGAUGGAGAUACUGUAGAAGUUGUGUCUAGACCUGUCCACAUCAUUGAAGCUGAUGAUUUGCCACGUUAUAUCAUCCAUACUACAAGUGGGGGGGAGCGAAAUGAAGAAGGUGUGGGGCAUUUCUUUGCUUCUCUUCAAGGUCAGGUUGUAGAAGUGCGAGCAGAAGACAUUGAACGUUACACUGACCUUACUCCAGACCAAAUAACACAAGUUGCUCAAGUGGCAGCUCAAGUUGUCGCUGGUCAGCCUGCAAACAGUGGUAUCCAACAAGUGUCUGUCUCUAGUGAUCUUCGUCCAUUUAAUAUUCAACUUGAACCUGGCACUCGUGAAAUUACACUUCAAGCUCAAACAACAAAUGCAGUUUCAACUUCUGAUGGUGUUGCCACAGGUACUGCUGUUACAACACGUGAUGUCAGUAUACCAACAGUUAGUCAGGUGCAAGGAAAUGCUGGAACAACAGUCCUGGUAGGAGGACGUCAUAUACAGUAUGAAUCGGGAGGACUUGCACAAAGCACUCUGAGAAAAGCUUUGACAGACAGACAAGAGUUACGUACUAUAUCUGUUCAUAACAUAACAUCAGAUUCACGCUCGCUUCGGUUGUGGCCUCAACAGGCUAUUAAUUCAUCAACAAAUAAUUUUAUUGGUAAUUAAUAAUCAAGUUAUAUUUGUUAUAAAAUAUAUGUUUGGCUAUGCUGAGUUACUUAGAGUAUUGUGCACUGAAAUGCUGUAUGAUUAAAGGGUGUUGAAGAUGUAUAUAUUUAGCUCUAUUUUUGAAAGAUGGAUUGUUAAUGCUUCUUUGUUGCAAGUCUAUGUUUAGAAUAAGAAAGUUAAGAUGAACUUUCAUGUAUAUUUCCAUAUAAACAUGUAUAUUCUAAAUAUCAUAGGUUUAAAUCAUAAAUAUCAUUCCUUUAAACCAUAAACUUCAAGUUGUGUGGACUAUUGGAAAUACUGUAUAGUUUGUUUCUUAAUUAAUAUGCAGUUUUAAUGCAUAAUAGCUAAUGUUAAAUGUAAUGAAAUGCCUCUUUCUGGUAGGGCCUCAGUCUUGCUGAGAUGUCUUCCUUCUGCUGAGUCACAUCAGCCAUCAGAGUCCUGUAUAGCCUACUGGAGACCAGAGCCAGAACCUUGCUUCCCUCACAAAGACAUAUGGAGGUGAACAUUUUUACAAUUACUGUCACUGAGAAAACAUCUAGAAAGUAAGGCAAGCAAUACAGACAGCUGUAACUUUCAAAGAAAAUGGAAUACAAACAGCCAAACGACUUAAAACAACUAAGAAAUGAGCUCGUACCCGGCCCCCCUUAGUUAUAAUUGGCCACUAUCAGCAUCCCAGGAACUUUCAGGAAUCGGGGAACCACCAAGGCUCCCUGAAUAUAUCUAACAACAGAGAAGAGGCUAUCUUGAUUUAUCUUGAGAUGAUUUCGGAACCUAGCGUCCCCGAAGCCCGGUCCUCGACCAGGCCUCCUUUUUGUUACACACCCCCAGGAAGCAACUGUAACAGCUGUCUAAGUCCCAGGUACCUAUUUACUGCUAGGUAAAUAGGUACCUGGGACAGGUACCUAUUUACCAGGUAAAAUAGGUACAGGAGGAGUGUUAGGGAGUGACACAUUCACAUUCACGAAGUGUCCGACAUCCUGGCAACUGGCCUGUCGUACUUCAUUCCUAUUUCCACAGAGUGGACGGUCAACACCGACUGAUUCCUUUGGCUUUGUCUGAUGUUUGGGCACCCGGAGGCACUCUAGUUGGAUGAUAAUUUGCUUGACUGUUUUCUUUUGGGGAGAGUUCUUUGGCUCUGUUCGGAUGUAGGUAGCAAUUUUCACCAAUAGAGGGUUUGUAUUGUUUUGCCUAUCUUUCUGGGUGCCCUCCACGGUUGAUGGUCGAUGGCUGUACGAGUGCUCAUAUAGCCAUUGCUCCCUGUGCCUCUCUGAGGGAACAAGGUUCUGGCUCGUGGUCUCUGGAAGGCACAAGAAGGCACAAGAUUGAAGGCAUCAAUCACAAGAACUGUGAUUGAUGACCCCAAACUAAUAUUGCACAUAUCAGUCUGGAUAGCUUCAGACUGUGAGCCCUGUAUACAGUAUGCAUGGAACUUUUUAAAUCUUAAAUGGUAUGUACUUUAAUAUGGCCCUAGUUGUUUUGUGCAGCGGAAGGGUUAAAAGAAAAUUGAGGGCUACCAACUUGCCAAGGUGAAUCAGAACUUUGAAACAUGAGCCAGAAGGUAAAAGCCAACCUGAGCAUGAAAGAGGCCAAGUCCAUAAGGGAAGCAAGCUCCUGAGCCUGCAGGAGGAAUUAGAAAAGGCCCAUAUGAGCUGAAGAAGGCACACAGCAGGAUAACAAAUGCUAGGACGCCUGGCAUCACGGCCCUUGUGGAUUUGUUCUUUAGGUGAGUACUACCCAGGGGAAGGCACUCAAUACAGUAGCCUGGCCUUUCAGGGGGCAAAACUCCCAAACUCACCAGAGAAGUCACUCUGUCAGAGCAGGAAGCAACAAUAAACAGGGGUUUAGGGAAUAGCUAUCCUAAACACAUGGAGCUGAAAGUGAAUUAUAAAUCAAGUCUGCACAACCUGAAACACACGCUUGAGGAGCAAAUACCAAGGUUGGAAAUGAUACAAAAGUAAAUGGCCCCCACAGGAUAGUGUCCAAAGGAUGGCCUACACUUAUCUUGAAAAAAGUAUGACUCACUUCAGCCAGGAGCACAGGGAGAUCCAUAUUCACAGACAUCAGCAACAGGAUUGGGGCAAACUGGUGCAGGAGCAUGCACCAGUUUGCCCCAUUAAGUUUGUGGAGUUCUUGGGUGCUGCCACCUGUUGGUGGCUAGUCAUAACUGGGAGAGGGGGACUGUUCGAGCUCAUUUCUAAGUGAUCAUUUGUGGAGUCAUUUGGCUAUUUUGGUGCUUCAUUUUAUAUGAUCAUUGCAGUUAUCUGUAUUGCUUCACCUUUUGGAUGUUUUAUUGGUGAGGCUAACCAUAACAAUCCCCAGCUCCCUGUCUCUCUCUGUUAAGGAAGUCAGAUUCUGGCUGGUCUCUGGUAGGCCAUACUGGACUCCUAAUGGCUGACAUACUCAGUGGGGGGGGGGGGUCUAUCUUGGCAAGAUGGCUUCAAAGAGUCAUUGAGGUCUCCUCCAUAAAGGGCAUACUAUUGAGUUACACUGAAGAAGAAAAGCAAAGGUGAUAAGAGGGGGAGCCUUUUUUCAAGUGUUAAUUACUGUACAAAAAAAAUUGCUGUGUUCUAAAUAGAAGAAUUAGUUUAUGUAACUAAGUGAUUUAGUUUUGUAGCCAAUAAAAAAUUGUCUCGUUAUAUGAGAGAAACAGUGCAGCACACUAAAAAAAAUAAACAUUAACCAAACAAAUUGAGUUCUAGUACAGUAUAUUAGAUACAAGCAAAAUUAGUUUUCUGAAAAACUAAAUUUUUAACAUUUCAACAUACAGUGGGACCUCAGUUUUUGUAUUUAAUCCGUUUCCAGAGAUGGUACGAAAACCGAAACGAAUUUCCCCAUAAGAAAUAAUGUAAAUUGAAUUAAUCUGUUCCACACCCCCAAAAUAUUAACUAAAUAUAUUUUUUAUACAGACUAAUACUCUUAGGUACCUUACCUUUAUUGAGGACUCUUGU